AUGGCCAAUUCCUCCUAUGUCACAGAGUUUCUGCUGUUGGGUUUCUCCAGCCUGGGGGAACUGCAGUUGCUGCUCUUCGCAGUUUUCCUCUGCCUCUAUCUGAUCAUCCUGAGUGGAAACUUCACCAUCAUUUCAGUCAUCCGCUUGGACCGAAGCCUCCACACUCCCAUGUACUUCUUCCUGUGUGUGCUUUCUACCUCUGAGAUCUUCUACACCAUAGUCAUCCUGCCCAAGAUGCUUAUCAACCUGCUUUCUGUACUCAGGACACUCUCCUUUGUGAGCUGUGCCACCCAGAUGUUCUUCUUCCUUGGCUUUGCAGUCACCAACUGUCUGCUUCUGGGUGUGAUGGGCUAUGAUCGCUAUGCUGCCAUCUGUCAGCCACUGCACUACUCCAUUCUCAUGAGCUGGAGAAUGUGUGGGCGGCUUGCUGUCACCUGCAUUGUUUGUGGCUUCCUCAUUUCUCUGGUGGGAACAACUCUGGUUUUUAGCCUCCCGUUCUGUGGCUCCAACAAGGUCAAUCACUACUUUUGCGAUAUUUCUCCAGUCAUCCGUCUUGCCUGUGCCGACACUUACAUCAAUGAGCUGAUCAUCUUCAUCUGUGGGGUCCUAGUGCUUGUUGUGCCCUUGACAUUCAUCUGCAUCUCAUAUGGCUUCAUAGUCAGCACCAUCCUGAAGAUCCCCUCCACUGAAGGCAAGCACAAGGCCUUCUCCACCUGUGCCUCCCAUCUCAUUGUUGUCGUUGUCCACUAUGGCUGUGCUUCUUUUGUCUAUCUGAGACCCUCAGCCAGAUACUCCUCGGGCAAAGACAGACUGGUGACUGUGACCUAUACCAUCAUCACUCCACUGCUGAACCCCAUGGUGUACAGUCUGAGGAACAAGGAUGUGCAGAUGGCUAUUAGGAAAAUGAUUGGGAAGACUGGACAUUCUCUAAAGAUCUUAUAA